AUGCCGGCAUUAUCACCUACACACUCUGUGAAUACCGGCUCCACGAGUUCCUCAGUUAUUCCAGAUCUCAUGGCCGUUUUUCCAAAUGAGGGGGAAGAGUCGGGAAAUAAAUUAGUUCAAUUCCAGACAAAUCUCGAAGCGGCUAUUUGGGGAAACGAAGUGCUGUUCCACCCGGUGUAUGCGUUCGGGACAGCCGGCAUUCGUGGAGCCAAACAAUUAACUGCCACCUCCAUCGUCUAUUGGGACACCAGAGUUUGCCAGAACCUCUUCGGUACAUCCAUUAUGUUCGGUGUCGGCACAAAACACGCUUCAACGCGAGCUCGAUCACAAUUCGUCGAUUUACUCGGCGAAGACGAGCACUCUUAUGGUCUAAAUCAGAAGGGACUGGUGAGGCAUUGUGGAAUAGAAGUCGCCGUCUGCGACCCUUUACCGUAUAGAGAUUGCGUGGUCGGUAUACUAUUUGACGGGCCUGGCAGGAAAAUCAGCUUUUAUCGGAACGGAGAAUAUUUGUGCACUCCUUUCACCGAUAUCGACGUCUCGGAGCCGCUUUAUCCGAUGGUUUCGAGGUACGUUGCUUAUGCCACUUUUCGAAGAUAG